AUGGCUCGACAUAGAUGCUUUCUUACCGCUUUCGGGUUUGCGCCUCAGGUCGCUCUAAUAGUUUCCAGCAUGGAAAAUCUAUUAGAGAACCGCAAGCGCAAAAUGAAGUUUGGAGUGAGGGAGUUGGCGGUGUUGGUGGAAGAGGCAAACAAACAUAUUGGUGAGUUACAGGAAAGAAAUCUGAAUAUAUCCCGUAGAAAUGCUAUAUGGGAGACAAUCUGUAAGAAAGUCAAUGCCGUGGGUAAAACAAGGAGAACGCCAGAUGAGGUUAAGAAAAGGUGGCAAGAUAUCCGAAGAAGAACAAAGGAAAAAAUGGCUCAGAAUAAGACGCCUGCAAAGAAAACAGCUGGGGGACCGGCGGAAGACAUACCGCUGUCUGCCAUUGAGGAGCAGUUGCAGUUAACCUUCUGCGAUGAGAACAUCAUUGGAAUCGAGGAGUUUGACAUCCUUCAAUCAAAAACUGAACGCAAAGAGUCUGCAUUAGAAAUUCCAGAAUCCUCACCGCACUCAAGUCAGCCAAAGUCACCAAUUGACACUGCUGCAGAGCCCCAAAAUCAUGCACCUUAUGAGGACAUUGACAAGGAGUUGCUGCAGCAACAGAAAAAUCAGUCUGCAGCACUUCAAAAUGGUUUGCAGUCCAUUGUACACGAGGUGAGAGCUGUGUCCUCUGUGAUGCGUGCGUCCAGACGGGACACUCAGGCCAUCGUUGCGCAGACCAGGCAACUGGUCAGUGCCGUGUCUGACCUGACGACAGCCAUCCAUGUCCUGACAAGAGUGAUAGAAGACGGGGUACGGACAGUCGGGACCCAGAGGUCCUUCUGUUCCAGUGGCCCCUCAACUGAGCUGCCAGGAAAUGAAGAGGAAGUGGAGGGCGCAGGAGGAGCUGAAUGUGAAUUACGCUCACGUGAACCACAGCGUAACCUGCGAAAACGUAAAACUCCAUUGGACGAAACAAUUUUGACAAAAAAUACGUAGCCGGGCAAUUUCACUAUGAGCAUUGUUUUAAGAUUUUGGCCGGGUUUUCCGUGCUCUGACAGCUAAAAGGGGAAGUUUGCAAUUUAAGAAAAACACAAACACUGUCAUAUUUAUUAAAACUGACAGUGUGACCUAACCGUAGUACAUGAUUAAAAUGAUCUAUGAAAUCAUCAGCCCUCCAUGGCCCAUGUUGUACCUCUACAGUAUUGACAAUUUGAUUUGCAAGAAUCCACCGUCCGUCCAUCCAUCCAUUUGUUUUCCCGCUUGUCCGCGGUCGGGUUGCGGGGGCAGCAACGUAAGCGGAGAAGCCCUGACUUCCAUCUCCCCAGCCGCUUCUCCAGCUCUCCCAGGGGUGUCCCAAGACGUUGCCAGGAGACCAUUUCUCCAGCAUGUCCUGUCUUCCCCGGGGCCUCCUCUCAGUGGGUUGUGCCCGGAACACUUCAGAAGGGAGAGGCAUCCUACCUUGAUGCCUGAGCAACCUCACCUGGCUCCUGUCAAUGCGGAAGAAGCAGUGGGUUUUCUCGAAGCCCCUCCAGGACGACCGAGCUUGUCAGUCACCCCACCACGCCUGAGGAAAUACAACCAAUCAGAGACAAAACAUGUGACUGAUGAGGUGUCACACACUUGCCAGUACAUCCCUGCGGCUUCGUGCUGACUUGUUUCCUUUUUACUCCAGAAAAGCACCUUAAUUGUCUGAAUGUUAUGGGUUUUAAUUUAUUUUUUUAUUUUUUUGCUAAGCUGCAAAACCUUUAAGGUUUCAGCCUAGUUGGGAAUACGAGCCAGAACACAUUUAUGUUGCUGGUCUUUUUUCGUUGUUGGCCUACUGCAUGAAAAAUGUUAACGAUUGUAUACCUCAAAUGGCUCUUGAAGAAUGGCUUUGAAUCAAAUGAUUACACGUCUGCUCUCCUGCACUUUGAGGUUGUUCCACAUGUAUGACAUCAUGUUCCGACCGGUGAUUUGCGAUGUUGUUUUUUUG